CAGCGACGCACAAUUUUGCAACAAAUUCGCACCGUUACCGGAUGUACUAGAAAUAACGAAACGAAGACCGAGUACAAGAACAAGACGUCAGCUGCAUCUUCGAGCAAGUCGAAGGUCGUGGAACAAGAGGAACAUCUGUUGCAGCCCAUGGUGGACAGUGGACUUGCCGAGCUCGUGGUCGUGCCCCCGGAGACGAACGUGCACAAUUUAAGGGUUCCACAAAUUCAUCUUAUAAGAAGCAUCUUACUUUGAAACGGUUUCAAGAGGAACGAAAAGAGGUCAAAUAAGAUGCGCUUCAAGCUGAAUUUAAGGGGACGCGGUCUAAGCAAUGUCGUCGAGUACUGCAUGGCACGUAAGUACGCGCCGCGCUGGGUCAAUUGGUUUUUUGGGAGGGCAAAACAAGCCGCGCUAAGAGACGUGGAGUUGCAACCUGUCGGUGAGCCGACGUUCGUGACGAAAACCGGCCAUGCUAACUUCGGUGGAUCGUACGGAGUGCCGGUCUAUUUUUCCUGGAAGUACCAGAACAAGCAGGUCGAUCACAAGUAGAGAAAAAAGGUCUAUUUUUCCUGGAAAUACCAGGACAAGCAGGUCGAUCACGUAAAGUACUAGAGGCAAAGGGGAAGACGUGCCAGAACAUACAAGCAGGUCGAUCACGAAAAGUACUAGAGGAAAAGCGGAAGGCUGAUCAAGGUGAUGGAAUAGGAAUUGUUACACACAAAUACUCGACUUCGCUUUCAUCAAAUACUCGGCUCCGCAGUAUCAUAUUUAUACUACAGCAUUAUGGCUCGAGUAACAGAAUACUUUAGCAACAGAAUGAAAAUCUAAUUUUUAUAUUUGUUUUUAGCUAUUUAACUAGCUAGUUAACUAGCAGGUGGCGAGAUGAAGAAAAUAGUUUCUUGCAUUCUAAGGCCAAUGAAAUUGUUACACACAAAUACUCGACUUCGCUUUCAUCAAAGCGCUCAUUCCAAAUGAUGCUCCGCAGUAUCAUUUACAACAGCUUGAGUUUCGUCAAGCUCAGCUGCUCAUUCCACCCAUACAUAACAAUCUCGGAGAUUAUAAUCAAAGUUGCCAUCGAGAUCGACAGCAUGUUGUUGACGUACAACUUACCCGUGGCCGUGGGCCCCA